AUGACAAAGUUCAAGAUGGAGGUUGUCGCUGCGGUGGCCGCUUGGGCGUUGACGUCUGCCUGCACCGGUCUGCCUGCGGUUCGCGAUCUCGUCCCGGGCCUCUGCCCCAGAGACAUUGACGAGGCGCAGGCGCUGCAGAGCAGUCUGUCACCCGGCGCCAAGGUGUACUUUCCCGGCUCGCCCGAGUUUGACGAUGCGUCGACGCGCUGGUCUACGCUGAGCCCGCCCACGGUGAAUGUCGUCGUCGUCGCUGCGACGGCCAAGGACGUCUCCGAGACGGUCAAAUAUGCAAACAGGAAGAAGCUGCCGUUCCUGGCGUACAAUAGCGCCCACGGGGCCAUCACCACGCUGGGCAGGAUGAAGUCGGGCGUGGAAAUCUACCUCGACCAGCUCAACACCAUUGAGGUCGCCGAGGAUGGACAGACGGCCACGAUUGGAGGCGGCGCGCUGUCCAAGCACGUGACUGACACCCUGUGGGAUGCGGGCAAACAGACAGGCAAGUUGAGGUGCUGCCAGUUGACCAGAGUCACGGGGACCUGCGAAUGCGUCAGUCUCAUGGGGCCGGCGCUUGGUGGUGGCCACGGCUGGCUCCAGGGCCAUCACGGCCUCGUCGCCGACCAGUUUGUGUCCAUGGACGUCGUCUUGGCCGACGGGGAGCUGCAAACCGUUGACCCCGAGUCGGAUCUCUGGUGGGCGCUCAACGGCGCCGGCCACAAUUUCGGCAUCGUCACGUCCGUGACCACAAAGGUCUACGACAUCGAACACCGCGACUGGGCCAUUGAAACCAUCGUCUUCUCCGGCGACAAGGUCGGGGCCGUGUACGACGCCGCCAACAAACACCUGCUCCAGAACGGCACCCAGGCCGCCGACGUCAUCAACUGGUCGUACUGGCUGCACGAUGCCGCCGCCGACCCCAACAACCCCAUCAUCCUCUUCUACAUCAUCCAGGAAGGCGUCAAGGCAGUCGACGCCAGGUACACGCAGCCCUUCCACGACCUCGGCCCCGUGGCCGUGACGCCCAUGAGCGGAACGUACAAGGACCUCGCCGGCUGGACGGGCAUUGCGCUCUCGUCGCCCCCGUGCCAGAAGGCCGGGCUGGCCAACCCCCGGUUCCCCAUCUACCUGCAGUCGUACAACGUCGAGGCGCAGGAGGAGGCGUACGAGGCCUUUGCCGACGCGACGCGGGGCUCGUCGGCGUUCAACGGCUCCCUCUUCAUGUUUGAGGGAUACCCCGUGCAGGGCGUGCAGGCCGUCGACGGCGAGUCGAGCGCGUUUGCCUUUCGCGAGGCGCACCUGCUGGCGGCGCCCCUGAUCACCUACAAGCCCGACGGGGCCGAUCUCGACAAGGAGGCCGGCCGCCUGGGAAACCGGCUCCGCGAUAUUCUCCACAAGAAGAGCGGCCUGUGCAACGUCCGAGCAUACGUCAACUAUGCCUUUGGCAACGAGAACCCCAAGGUGUGGUACGGCAGUGCGAAGUGGCGCCAGGAGCGGCUCAAGGAGCUCAAGAAGCAGUAUGACCCUCUGGGCAAGUUUAGCUUCUUCGGGCCAAUCGCGUAG